AUGACAGCAUGCAGCUUUGCCCGUGUUUGCGCAAUAGUGCCGUUCUUUGCUCUCUGGUCCGUCGACAUGCGACAACCUUCUGGCGUGCAGAGCAUGCUGACACCGCGUUAUACUGAGAGGCAGAGAGGCGCAGAAGAAGUGAAUUGGGUAAAAAGACAUGGUCUGCAGCUGGGGGUACAAUAUCAGCCAAAGUGGAGCAAAUCGUCUGACUCAUACCAGCAAAAAGUUUUCGAAAGGAACCUAAUGCUUAUUGUGGAAAGUUUUAACAACAUAACCUACCAGGGUCAGAAGUUUCCUGAUCUUUACCAGCUCGACGACGCAGUCCGCGAAGGCCUUCAGCAUGCAUGCGAGGAUGCUCUUGGCCGCGAUAUUGUUUUGCAAUAUAUUGGGUCUCGAGCGAAAGCAUCAGCUUCAGUAACCUCCCCAGAUCUCGACGUAGACAUUCAAGUUGCGAGGAAAGGCCGGCGUGCCAAGGUACCCUUUACAAACAUGGACAUGAGGAAGGUUGCGGAGAGCCUGAAGAAAUUGGAUUUUGUGUCAGGCGUCCAAAUCGGCAGCAUAGCAAUUAAAUUCCGCAUUUUGGGAACAAUUCCGUGUGAUCUUGUGCUGCGGAGGGAGAGGCCUGAAAUGUUUUGUGGGUUGCGUGAGGGGAAUAAUUUCAGCCAGAAUUGUGCUCGCAUCAACUCCUUCUUGGAGUGGCCUCCAGCAAGGGCUGCUGCUUGUGGCCUCAGAUAUUAUCUGCCAAAGGAGUCUCGACCGAAAGGAAUAUUGGUUGACACAAUCACAUGGCGAGUGGCAAGGCAAUACUUGGGCGAAAUAGGCCGCUUUCCCGUAAAGUGGCAGGCCUUCAAGUUAUUCCAACUAGUUAUGAUGGAGCUGACGAGACCUUGGCAGGACUCAUUCUUUGGGGCCGACCUGGAGCUUGAUCUGAGAAUGAUGGAACCCCGGGAGCGGCAAAAGUACGAACCAGGAUUGAACUUUGUGGCCAACCUCGACCCAUGCAAGCACAUCUAUUUCAUUUUGGCAUAUUCCCUUUGCGAUACAGUGGGUCGGCAAUAUAGUGAGGUUAUUUUUGACAAGAAGUCAUUCGCGACCAGAAAGCACGAAAUUCGGGACCGGAUGGAAGGACUCUUUAGGCAAGCGUUCUUUGGCAAGAGCUGA